AUGUCUGCUCCCUUAAUUUUCAUAACCGGCGCUACAGGUUUUAUUGGUAGCGCCACGGCUGUCGAAGCUCUCAAGGCCGGAUAUCGACUUCGAAUUGGCACCCGCAAGAAAUCAGACAAGCUCGAAUCGAUACUAUCAGACUAUGGCGAACAGCUGGAAUUCGUCACCAUCCCAGAUCUCACCGAGGAGGCUGCUUUUAGAGGCAAGCUUGACGGGGUGGACUAUAUCCUCCAUUUAGCAUCACCUCUUGCUCGCGGCACAGACAAGGAAGCUUUCUUUGGCCCCGCGGUGAAAGGAACCUUGGCUGUUCUCAAAGAGGCAGCCAAGGUGCCAAGUAUAAAGAAGGUUGUGGUAACGUCAUCCAUCGCUUCCUUGAUUCCUCUUGUUGGGUUGCCCAGUGGCGGUGUCGUCAAAGAGGAUAAUGACUGGGAUCUCACUGUGGACCCAGCAGCGGAUUUUGUCGACCCUCAUAAUCUUGCCGCAACACCGAUGACUUUGUACCGAGCGUCCAAAUUACUUGCAAACAACGCGACAUGGAACUUCUGGAAGACAGAAAAGCCGCAGUACUCGCUGGUCACCCUUCAUCCGUCGUUUGUCUUCGGGCACAAUCUCGUACAAAGCUCCGCCGAGGAAGUCCAAGCAGGGUCUAAUGGCAUUCUGUGGGGUAGCGUGAUGGGAGGUGUUCCAAUUGCGGGCAUCACGGGUGUGCACAUUCAAGAUGUUGCCCAAGCCCAUAUCAAGGCGUUAGACCCGAAGAUCAAAGACGGCUCGAAAUAUCUGAUCUCUGGGGUGCCAACAACGUGGAAAGAAAUUGCUCGUAUUGUGCACACGGCCUACCCCAAUGUUGGUGCGAAGAUUAUGGAGCAGGCUGAAGGGGCUUCCCUGCCCGUCGAUACCACCAAGGCCGAAAAUGAACUUGAAAUCCACUGGCAACCUUGGGAGGAGAUCGUGCGGAGCGUGAUGGAUCAGCAACUGGGCUUCGCUAAAACUUGA